AUGUAUCAUAAAAGGCCAUUUAUAGGUAUCCAGAUAAGUGGGUACUUUGACUCCUUGGGGCACUUUUUGAGUGUCAAAAAGGAGUUCCACUCCUUUUGUGAUUCAAUUAGGAGACAACAACAAGAGGUUAAACAGCAAAAGGAGAGCAUUAAGCACCUUGAAAGAGAAAAUAAACAAAUAAGAGACGACUUACAGGCCGAAUAUAAUGAACGAAAUCAACAAAUACAAAAAUUAAGGAAAAUUAUUGCAAAUCUCAAACAAAACAGUCAAUCAAAAGAACAAGAAGUUAAUAAAGUAAACAAACUCAAGAGAAAACUUUCAAGUCUGAAUGAAACUAAAGAAGAAUUAUUGGUACACAUAAAUAGGGAUAAAAUCGCGACUCCAAAACUUGAUGACAUUCAAAAUGAAAUCGAAGAGUUAAAGAAAACUUAUAGACCUAAUAAUUGCAUUUAG